CAAACCCAGCCACGCCAGGUUAAUAGCCGCCGCAACCCACAAGAUGGACGUCAGGACGCCCCGGCACCAAAGGCUGCUCCGCACCCCGCGCGGCCCACCGACGCCCCAUCAUCCCCGCCACCACCCCGGCACGCCCGGCCAAAACCCUAUCCGCUACGUCCCAGCCGCCGCCCCGAUCUCCCCGCGCUCCGCCGCCGCCGCGGCCGCCGCCGCCAUGGAGGACGACGCCAUCACCACGCUCAUGGACAUCGACGACUCCCCCCGCAGCGCCGCCGGCGCCGGCUUCCUCGACGACGACGACGAGGGGGACCUCCUCCACUCCCACCGCAUGGGCGGCCGCGGGAACGAGGCGCGCGGCCCCCUCCCCUUCGCCGGCUUCUUCAACACCUUCGACGGCGCCGACUUCGACGACUCCGAUCUGGCCUGAUCGAGGCGUCUUCCGGUACUAGUAAUGAGGCUGGGAGGUCGUUCUGUCGAUAUGGUACUUGCGGUCUAUCUAGUUAGGUUAUCGGUGAAGUGAAACAAUUUCGAGGCAUCUGGAGACCUUUCGGUGAUCAAUCUAAGUAUCGCACUGCUGCGUUGCCCUUGGAUCUCGUGUUGUUUGGUUAAUAUAUGCAAGUGCCUUAACUUAUCCUUGAUUAAUAUCAUCUCUGCGAGGUUCUCUUUA